GAAAGUCGUGCUUGUGAGUUCGUCUACAAGCUAAAGUUAAAUUUUAAGGCGUUUUCACUCAAACAACAACAAACGUGAAAAUUUAUAAGCAAGAAACUAUCUCAAAGCACCUGCACUAAAGUUAUAAUAUUGAACAAACACUAUGGCGCAGCACCUAAUCGAUAAUCUGAUCUUGGAUUUGGAGGAGCUGCGACGACUGUCCGAGGGUACGCAACGUACCCGUGUGCAGCAGAUCCUGUCCAUCGAUAUUCGUAAGCUGGAAACUGACCUGCAACACCAGAAGGAACUGUUAGCCGCAAAAGAUAAGGAACAAUCUUCUGGGGAAACAUCGAAACCGCCGGCACCCGUUCCGGGCGACGUCAAACGCUAUCGGAUCGAACUGAAGGAGUACGCUUGGGAUCAGAGCGAUAAGUUUAUCAAAAUUUUCGUUACGGUUAACGAGGUCCAACAGGUGCCGGAAGAGAAUGUAAACGUGGAAUUCACCGCCAACUCGUUCAAUGUGAUGGUCAGCAAUCUGAAUAACAAGGACUACGUCUUCACGGUGAACCAUCUGUUGAACGAAAUCGAUCCGGCCAAGAGCUAUCGUAAAGUCAAAUCGGACAUGGUUGCCAUCUACCUGGCCAAGUCGAGACCGACAAAGUGGGCCCAUCUAACGGUGACUGCGAAGCGAUUGCAGGACAUGAAGGAUGAACGGGUGUCGAAGAGCACGAAAGACACGGAAACGGAUCCGUCCUCAGGUCUUAUGAAGAUAAUGCAACAGCUGUACGAUGGAGGCGAUCCGGAAACGAAAAGAAUGAUCAACAAGGCUUGGCAUGAGUCGCAGAACAAGAAAACAGAAAUGAAAAAUGACUCGUUCGCGUUCGACGAAUAAAUGGUAAUGGAAGAGAGUGAAGAGGGUUGUUUCCGAUAAUCGGCAUU